AUGUUAAAAAUACAUCAAUUUUGGUUCUUUCUACAAGGAAUUAUAGCUAUUACUAUAGAGCGAAUUCCCUCUGGUGAAGCAUAAUACCACCCCACAUCCUCUCAAUACCAAACUACAUAACCUUGGUAAUAAGAAAUAUAAGAGAUGUUGCACUAUUUUAGUUCCUAUGCUAUUAAUAGUAUGCUUACACGCAUAUUUAAUACUUUAUUUCAUAUCCCUUCUAUAUACUUAAUUUUAUAUGAUAGCAUAUUUUGAAUUAAAUUUAAAUGAGAUAUUAUGCAAAAUAAGCUAUUAAGCAUAUUAAAUCAGCUAAAACACAUUAAUUUAACGCAAUCGAUGCUAGAUAUUGUACGUGCCUAUGAUACAAAUUAUGCUUGGAUUAUUUAUUUGUGUCUAUCAAUUUUAAAGCAGGAUUCGACUAGAUUAAUGUUUAAAUGCGAUAAUUAAGCGAAAUCCAGCGUAUUUAUGUAUUAAUUCUAUUAUUUAUUAGUUUAAAAUUUGUAUUUUAUAAAAAAUUUAUAUAUAGCAGGAUAUGAAAUAAAGCAUUAAAUAGAUUUGUAAAUAUACUAUAAAUAGCGUUUUAAUAGCACAGGAGUAAAAAUAAUGAAAUAUCUCUUAUAAUUCAUAUUACCCAGAAUAGAUAUUGUAUCUUGGCCCUUUUUUGGCACAAUUGCACAGGCCAAGCUUAUGAUCUGUGCACUUUUGCCGAAAAAGGGUCAAGGCACAAUAGUUUGUUGUUGAUGGGGGUGGAUUUUAUACUUUAUCGUCCCUCAACAAAUCCUAUACCUGGAUCUCGGCAGAUGUCUUUGGUGGAGAGUUUUCCUGAUUUAAAUAUUUCUUUACUCUUUGGAGGCUACUUAGAUUCCUCUAAUUCCUACAAUGACCUUUGAAGCUUUAAUAUUGUAGAUUCUCUUUGGGAAAAAAUAUCGCCUAAUGAUAAUAAAUUUCCAGGUAUCUUCUAUUUAGUUGCUCGGUAUUGCGGAGGAUCUUUUACCCUACAAAACUCUUCAACUUUCUGUAUAUUUGGAGGAGGAACAUCAUAUGGUCCUCUGAGUGAUAUUUGGUGCUUUAAUCUUUCAAAGUCGUUGUGAGAAGAAGUUGAAACGUGAGGUGAUAUUCCUGAUCCCAGGAUUCUAUUUGGCUAUACUUCAUGAGUUGAAAAUGAUAUUUCAUAUUUCAUUGUUUUUGGAGGUAAAACUUCUUCAGGGCUAAAUAAUGAUUUAUUUACUGCCUCUGGGUAAUCAAACAAAGCCAAGAAAUUUCAACUUAGCUUACAAGUAAAAAUUGAUUUUUAUUAAAAUUUUUGUCUAUAAAGGGGAACAAGUGAAAAAAAAAUUUUGAAAUUGGAAAAGUUUUAAAUAGACUGAAAAUCCAAAAUUAAUAUAAUAAAAAAGUAUAAACAAUAAAUAUUAAAAGAUAUCUCUAAUUGAAUAAUGUUUUAGUUCAAAAUUUUGAAAUAUUUUUUUAAAUUUCAAUAGAAUAUUUGAAUAUAAAAUUAAAAGAACUGAAUCUUAUAAGCUAGCAAAUAUUUUUGUUAGAAUAAGAGUUAGGUAAAAUUUAGAUAGGCUUGAUACAAAUUCAUGGACUUGAACCAAGAUGGGUCAGUAUGGAGAUAUUCCUCCAUCAACUACUUAUCCAAACAUUGCAUAUCAAAAUAAUACCUUAUAUGUAGUGGCAACGGAAUUGGGACAAUUUUAUAAAUAUGACUUGAGUUCUGAGACUUGAACAAAUUUAACAUCGAAAAACAGCUACGCAGCUAGAAUUAUGUCAAAUUCAUAUAUCUAUAAUGAUGAAAUCUAUCUGUUGCCAGGCGAUAUAGACAAUCAAGAUUAUCCUGAAUGAUAUAAACUCAACUUAAAUGACCCACUUUAUGAGUGAUCAAAAGUUGAAUUGAAUCGAACAGAUUACGGGGUAGAUAGCUAUGGCUCUACGAUAAUUGGUUCUCGAGUUUAUAUUUUUGGAGGAUACAGAAGUAGCUUAGAAGACAUUGUAAAUAAUUUUGCAAUAUGCAACUUAAUCUUCUGAAAAAUUAUAAUUAAUCAAUAAAAAAUAAUAUUUUAAUUUUUAAAUGAAAAAAUUUAUAAAUUUGGAAGUUAGAAAAAAAUCCAGUUGGAUUGCAAGUUCAUGAUCAAGAAGUUGCUCCAGAACCUCGAAUGCAUCAUAAAAUGCAAUCUGUUGGAAAAUAUCUUCUACUAUUCGGAGGAAUUGGGGGAAAUGAAUUAAUAUUUAAUGAUUUUUGAGAAUUCGAUUGUGAUAAAGAAAAGUGGAAAGCUCUCAGACCUUCAGGUGUUAGUCCAACAGGCAGAUAUGGCUAUGCUUCUUCAUCAUACUCUGAUGUAAUGAUGAUUUGGGGAGGGAUAGGCUCUAAUGGCCUACUAAAUGAUGGCUAUACCUACGAUUUCGCAACAAAUACGUUUUAUCAGUGAAGCCAUUCUGAAAAUGUCCCAAGUCCGCGUCAAGGAGCUUGUCUUGCAGUAUACGGACAGUUAGGAUUAGGAUUAUUAAAGACAGGCGUUAGCCAUAUUGGUGGCCUAGUCACCAAAGACCUCCCGUAUGGGAGGUUCUACCGCUUUUCGACUCCAGCCCCGAGGGUCUAUCCCUCUUUCGAGUGCCCUUCCGUAACCUUCUGUCUUCUCCUUGCAUUGCGGCUUCAGUCUUGGUGUACGGCUUAUGGAUUUCUGCGGCCCUGCUAGGGGCGGUAAGUAGCUUGAUUCAAAGAAUCAGCUCCUUGGAGUCAAUCUGGUGUCGAAGUGCCUUCCUUCAACAGCUACAGGAAAAAGACUGUUCCCCUGUGGCCUAGGCUGAAAUCUCCAGUUUCUCGGUAGAGAGGAAUGCCCAUAGGUUAUCGGAUCCAAAGGACGUUGAUAAGCACCUCCAUUUCCAACCACAGGAAAGCAGCCAAAACCUACCUGGAUACACACCUCUUGAGCCUGCACUUGGUUUCUCGGCUCGAAGUCCAUCCCAGUUCGCCGUAGCCAUAAGGUCUGGACUGCUGCGCCAAGAGGGGAGGUUGGCACGCAUCGCCAUUUUAAUGUAUAUAUUAUACGGACAGUUAAUUGUUAUUUAUGGAGGCAUGACUUCUGCUGGGCUUUCUAACGAGCUUUGAGUUUAUGAUUCAGCAAAAAAAGUGUAUACUCUUUUAGACUCAGGAAAUUAUGAUGGCCCUGGAGCUCUGAGUUAUGCUUCUUGUGUGCUAACCAAAGAUUAUGAACUUUAUGUCAUGUUUGGAAUGAGAAAUGACGUUUCAUUAGGCGAAGUCUUUAAAUAUAACUUCUCUAAAAGCCGCUGAACAAAUAUGAAUAAUUAUAAAACGUUCCAGUCUUGAGCUAGAUCACUUGGCGGUGUUGUAAAAGUGAAUGAUAAGGUGCUUGUUGUUGGUGGUCAGCUUUAUACCACUAACGUAAGCAAGGAUAUAUUUUAUUUAAAUAUUACCUCUAACAAUAUUGCUAACUUAGGGAGCCUUAAAGAAUAUUCAUAUUCCUUUGCGUAUGCCUAUUAUCAAAAUUAUUUUUAUAUUCAUGGAGGAGGGACUGCAAUUGGCGAAAUUAUGAAGCCAGGAAUUCCUACUAAUAAAUUCUAUAGAAUUCACCUCGGCCAUGAUAGUAACUGGAUUUGCAGUCCUGGGACUUAUCAAUCAGAGAAAUGUGAAGUAUGUCCUCCUGGCACAUACAGUGAGGAUUUUGGAGUAAAACAGUGCACAAAAUGCAGAAAAGGGUAUUAUAAUCCUAAUUAUGGCUCUAGUUCAGGUGAUAGUUGUUAUCCGUGCGAAGAAGAUACUUAUAAUGGUAUUGAAGGAGCAGCUCAAUGUAGGGAUUGUCCAAGCUCGUCUUCAUGCAAAGCUGGAAGCAUAUCUUAUCAAGUUGCUGAUGUGAACGAGAGCGAUAUAUCUGAUCAACCGACUAAUUAUAAAGCUGACAUGAAAGAUGCUGACACAGCUGUUCUUUCAAUACAAAUAAUAUUAGGGCUCCUCGGAUUAUUUAUCAUUAUUGCAGUAGUUACAUCAAAAUCCAAUAGCAAUUUACUUGUGAAAAUUGACUUAUACACGACUUAUCAUAACAAUACAAUAGGAAAAGCAAUGUUUUUAUUAAAAACGAAAUUCGGAGGAGCAUUUACUAUAGUGUUUAUUAUUAUUGCAAUUAUAAUAAUGCUUGACGCACUUGUUAACUACUCAUUGAACAAUAUUUUGGAGUUGAAAAGCAUGAUUCCGCUUGUAGUUCUCGAUGGCAUGACUGAGGUAAAGUAUAUUUAGUUUGAAGGAAAUUUUCAAAUCAAAACUACUCUAAUGCAUUACGGAGGGAAUUGUUUAAAAAAUGAUGAAUGCUCUUCAGAAAUUGGUUAUACAAUUAGCAAUAUUACUGGUGAUUGAAGUGGUAUAACUUGUGAAUAUGUUGAUGAAGAGGACUGUAUUGUUUCAAUUGAAUGCAAAAACUGCAAAAUUCCAAAUCAAGGACAGCUGAGUUAUCAAUUGAUUAAUACAAAUGGCUUUACUUCAGGAUUUCGUGUCCAAAUAAACUCUUCUUCAUCAAUUCCAAACAAAAUCAGCAGCAUCGAAAAAACAGUAUACCCAAAUAAAGAUUAUAUUUUUAUUGGCCCAGAUCCAACUACAAUUUAUUUUUCGCUAAUACCUUCUGUAUUUUCUAUUUACCCUUUCCUUUAAUUCGAAGAAAUUCUUAGAAAGAUGCCUAUUUUUGGAAAAAUCUACCCCUUGAAGAGCAAGCAUAAAAAUUUUCUAAUAUAAAUUUUUAUAUAUAAUUAAUAAGUAGAUGAAUUCAUUUUAAUAAUUAAAGUUUUUCUCUCAAUAUUUGCAAAUUUGGCAAAAACAAAUGUUUAGUAUAUAAUUUUUAUAUAAAAAGAUUUAGAUUAAUCAGAAAAAUGUUGAUAUCUCUUAAGAGGAGGAGCUAGUGAUUCAAGGAUGAGAAAGAUGGGGUUUCUUUUUCUGGCUUUCAUAUAUCGUUAGAUAAGGAUUCAUUGCUUGGCUCAAUGCAUAAAACGAAUGAGUAAGACAUAAUCAGAGUCGGAAUAUCUUAUAACUCAUAUCUUACAAUUGAAUUUAACAAAUCAUUAAAUGGACUAGUAACUAAAAGGAGCAUAAUCCAAACUUCGACUGCUUUGCUAAGUUCUCUAUUAGGCUCAAUAUUUGGCCUUAUGAGCAGUAUAGGAGGAGUAAUGCAAAUUGUUGAGAAAAAAUGAAAUGAUAUUGAAGCAAAAUAUUUGCAAAAAUCACCUUUUGCAAUUGCCAAGAACAAUUCAAAAACUAUUUCCCAAACUUAUGAAGAGUCACCAUAUGAAAAUUCUCCAACUAAGCGAGAUCGCUCGAAUACGAUUUCUGAUUCGCCUUUAACAUCUAGCUAUAUGAUUAUCUAA